AUGAUGUUAUCUGAGGAGGAGAUUGAAGCGGCGGAGAACGGAAUGGACCCUACGCAAGUUGGUAAACAACGUGGACUGAGCAAUUCGAAAUAUCGCAAAUGGCCUGGAGGAGUUGUUCCUUACACCCUAGACAAAGAUGCAGGUAAUUGCUUCAAUUAAUUACAAUGCCUUCUUCUUCACAAAACUUCAUAAGUUCAGAGAUGAAACGGCAUUUCAUCUACAAGGAAAAACCUAAGAGCCACAAUGAGACAGAGACUGUCCCAUUAUGACUCUUGGAAAAACCUGAGUAAUUUUAACAGGUAAAGGCUUACUUACCCUUCCAUAUAAUUACAUUCGUGCUGCAGGGCUCGUGAUGAAGACAUGUCGCAGGUAUUUCUAUCUUUCUCUUGUCUUCGAAAGAAAGCUUCCUUUAAAUUGUCAUCCUCCGCCAAACUUUUCAAAAUAAAGUAGGUCCUCUGCAAGGGGUCAGUCACCUGGUACAAUACCGUGCCAUUCUUGGACCCACUGGGACAAGGAAAACAAAGAGCCGCAUUUCAUUUAAAAUAGAAUUUUCUUCGUCCAGUCCCAGAGAUUUUGUUGCUUCCCAGGAUUACGGUUUUCAGCCACGUGACUGAUUACCUACAAAGGGCCUAUUUGCAUGUACUGGAAUAAAAACAUAUAAGAUUCGAACAAAAUGAAUCCUUUCCAGCGGUGUACAAUAUAGAUUUUUUUUUACAUGUUUUAUAAUUAACUUGAAAUUACAACUACAACCUUUUUAACUUUGAGACUUUUUCCAUGCAGAUAGUGUUUUCAAGAGGGGGGCCAUUUUCAGUGCCAUCAAAGAAUGGGAAGAGAAGACGUGCAUAAAGUUUGUAAAAAGGACAACGCAAAAGGCUUACAUCGAGUUCACUGUGCAAGACGGGUAGGCAACAAAGGACAUGAAGCUGAAAUGGUUCCAAAUACUUUGUUAGCUUUGUUUAUUUCUUCAUUUACCAUCAACGUGAAUCAACUCAGCUGUCACACGUGGACGCAUAUUACAUUUUUUUUCCAACCAAUUGUGCCAAUCAGACCGGUUUAUUUUUCGAGGCGAAUUUAGAACAUAACAGAAGUCUCGAAAACCGGCAAAACAAAACCAUUCAGCAAAACCAACGUACAGACCUGGGAAUGGUAUGUUGAAGUUUAAAUGCCGUUCAGUUUUCUGCUUUUAUAUCUUAUGCUUUGAAUGUGAAAAAGGACGGAGCGACGCUUCCAUUCAUAAGGGAAAUACUGUGAUAGAAUUUUACACUGCAAAAACAAAAGACGAGUCAUUUUUAUGUCAAAUCUUUUCAAAAAGCCGUAUUUUCUUUAUUCUCGACCAUACAUUUUUUCUUAUCGUUAAAGUUUACAUUCCAACGAGCUACCAUAGAGUCUGAACUGCCAGUAAGGUAGUGUAUUUUAGGGUCUGUUUACAUGGAGUUAGGGUACCCCAUAUGGGUGAGGUAACCCCGCUUAGGGGGGGUAACCCGACUGUCCAUAUAAUCUCUCAUUUUAAUGUUAUCACGUUUACAUGUUAGGUGGGGUAACCCGCCACAUGUUACUUCACCUACCUGAGGUCCCCCACCUUCAUGUACACAGGCUCUUAAUCAAUUUUAAAGCUAUUCGGUCCCUGCGUAAGUGUUGACUCAUCGUCUGACCUCUGUGACACGCAGGCCUCUCUAAUACAAACACUGAUUCUUAGUAUUUUUUGUUAAGAUGCUGGUCACAAGUUGGCAGAACUGGACGGAAGCAGCAAAUUUCGCUGGGUUUCGGCUGCGGGUAUCAUGGGAUAGCUGUACACGAAAUUGGACAUGCACUAGGUAGAUAGUUACGUGCCUUAAAUUUUGUAUUCAUCGUGGGAAAUACUGAACUUCAUCAAUGAGCUGAACGCUUACAAUAACACCUUUACAGAUUAAAAAUCACACAAGGGAACCCGGGGGUAUAUACUCCCUCUGAUGGCCUAUACGGGGAGGCUCUGCUCGAAAGGAGUAUCUUUUUCAUGCUUCCGGCCGGUAUAUGAGAGGGUAGGGAAAUCUGUCAUUUCCAUCCGGCUACAAAACGAUUGUAUUGCCGUGAAAAAGUCGAGAAAAUUUUUUUCUUGUUUUGUGAUUUAUUUAGAUCUAAAGAAAGUGUAUUUGUAGCAGUUGAAAGAGAUGCACGGAGUUGAUUCUUCCUAAUUUUCUAGCUUAUCGGGUGCAGAAAAAAAACAGCCUUUCGGCCCUUCUCCACUCAAAUGGCUGUAAAUUUUUCUUUUCAAAUUUCUUUUUCGAAAAAUCGGUACGAUAUAAAAUAAUAUUAAAACAUGAGUAUUAUAUACUAGACAGACUAGUGUCAGUGUUAACGUGUCUCCUUUUUUGAUUCUGUAAAAACAUUUCCUGCAUUUUUAAAGCCCAUUUAAAUCUCACAGGAAAAAAAAUUGACCCGAAGUAGACUAGUGUGCUAUUACUCCCCAUAAACAGGGUUUUGGCAUGAACAGAGUCGACCAGAUCGCGACCGGUAUGUGGAGAUAAUAUGGGACAACAUUGAAGAAUGUAAGUUGACAAAGAUUUAUUCUUGUUGCAAUAUUAAAUUUGUCACUUAAACCGUAUAUAUCAGGUCAGUUUUAAUUUUAACUUUGUCACUUGAUAAUGAUCCGGUGACGACAUCGAAACGUCGUGCUAAACUUUUUUCGCUUAUCUUUAUUCUUAAAUUAAGGAGGACCUUCCUUUGGGCGUGGUAGAAGCUCACUCACCCCUAAGCGAGUCGACAAGCUAAGCACUCCUAACUUACUUCAAAUUCUGUGGAGUUCCACGCAACCCACCAAAUUAUAUACUACCACACAAAAAUUUCUACAAUUUGAUUGGCUUAGAGCAGUGGUAUUUCAGCUUAAUUUAAAAUACCUACCUGUGAAAAUUACAAACCUUUUGCGGGUAGUAGACAACAAAUAAUAGCAUGAUUUGUACGUGAUAUUUGGCAUAAAUACCAAUCGUGAUAUUUCAAAAUUGUCUCAAAUUACGUAUAACAAUAUCGAAAUAUAACUCGUGGUAUUUAUGCCAAAUAUCACUACAAAUCAUGCUAUUACCUGUACUAAUACAUUAAUGUGAAAGACACUAAAUUAAAAAUAAUACCACGAGCGGAUGGUUUUACUUCAUCCGAGACAUUUUGAGAUCGAUUAUGUAUCUGGAGUCUGGCCUGGAUAGCGUCGCACCAGUGGAUGGAUAGGAUCUUACCUUCGCGAAUAACUCUUGGAUCAAAGGACUACAUUUUUUGUCAUCGUUACAAUAGUAACAUUCAUAAGUAUUUUCUGCUGGUGUUUCUGUUCUUAUUAAUUAUUUUAUUUUUGUUUUUGUUGUUUUUAUUCUGAACAGCGCAAAAGCACAACUUCAGGAAGUACUCUACAUCCUCAAUCAACAGUCUGAACGUUCCCUAUGACUAUGGAUCCAUAAUGCAUUAUGGGAAGCGAGACUUUUCCAAGUUUCCUUACCUCUUAACUACUAUAAAGCCCAAGAGGUCAGGUGUUUCAAUAGGCCAGCGGAAGCACCUAAGCCCAUUGGACGUAAAACAAAUGAACUUGUAUUACGAAUGCAACAAGAAAUAA